GAGAAAUAAAUAAAAUUGUGGGCCACUCAUACUCUUGAAUAUUUUUCUAGCCACGUUUUCCAUCUGUAUCGUUAAAUUAUACGCUGAACUGCAAAAUCAAACGUACAGAAAAUGGUCACCCUCGGUCCAACUACAUCAAAACCCUAUUAUAAAUUAUGAAUUCCUCUCGCCAACUACCAAACCCGUGAGCUGCCUCUCUAUUUAAAUGCCCUGUUAACUUUGUUUGCAUUCACAAACCAAAACCCGUCAUCAGAAAAAGCUAAGCCAGAGUGGAAAUAUGGGUUUUCUCUCCCAGUCAUCAAAGCCCUUGAGUUCCCAAGUUCUGUUUGUUUUCUCAGUUCUCAUAAUCACACUGCCAAACCUCUCCUCUGCCUCUGAAAAUGGCACUCUUUCAGCCUAUGAUAUUCUGCUACAAUAUGACCUUCCUGUCGGUCUUCUUCCAAAAGGAGCAACUGGGUACAAGAUUAACAGAGAAACCGGAGAGUUCGAGGCUUAUUUGGACAAGACCUGUAAGUUUUCGCUUGAAAAUUCGUAUGACCUCGAGUACAAGUCAACCAUAAAAGGUGUGAUAUCCAAAGGCAGGCUAAAAAAUCUCAAGGGUGUGAGUGUGAAGGUUUUGAUUCUGUGGCUGAAUAUCGUGGAAGUGGUCCGUGACGGUGACGAGCUCGAGUUCUCUGUGGGUAUAGCUUCGGCGGAUUUUCCGAUCGAUAACUUUGAAGAGUCUCCACAAUGUGGAUGUGGUUUGAAUUGUGACACGUUGAACUCUGUUUUGUCUUCUUCGUCUAUUUGAAGUUAAUUACUAAGGUAGGUUUAUUUUGUUUUCACUUGGAUGUCAUCGAUAUCCCUUUCUAUUUCUAUAUCUAUAUCUCCCUUUUGUACAAGGAAUUAAAAAUGAUGCCUAGCUUUUGGAGCUGCAAAAUAAAAAGGGAAAGGAAUUAAUAGCCAAAAAAUAGGCUUUUUUUAGUGUAAUUUUAGAAGGAUGUUCUCCAUUAUAUUAAUCUUAUUUAGCACCAUCUUAUAUUAACGAGUAUGAUUUCCUUAA